GAGUGGCUGGCACCAUCGAUGCUCUAGGAGUAGGAAUCUCGAGAGAAAGCUACCGUAUCUCGCGUUCUUCUUUAUGGCCUACAUACUGCUAUCGGAUAAAUAUGGCAAGAAGAGAGGUUCAAGCCGUUUGGUCUCAAAAGGAGAAAUUGUAGAACGAAUCCCAGGAAAUUCUUUUGAUGGUUCAAGGCAGAACCAUAACUACAGAGUUGUUUCUGAUCCUGAUACUACAUUUUGCGUCCAGCAAUUAUUCAAUGAAGUAGAUCAAUUAGAGAGAAAUGAAGCCAACUACUUACGAGCCAUAAAAGACCCACUUAUUAGAAUACGUGAAUAUGAAAACAAGACAAGGUUAAAUGAGAUGCUAGAUCUCAGCGUACACGAUGUCGUCAUAGUGAAUAAUGGCAAUGGUGGGGUGUCGGUCCCGGUUCAUGGCCGGAUAGAAUAUAUUGGUCCUUGGAGAGAUCAUCAAAAAGGAACAUUCUUUGGAAUCAAUAUUGCAUUAGAUAGCAGAUAUAAAGGAAAGGGAACAAGUAAUGGCAGUCCUCAUUUUAGCUGUGAUACUAAUGAUGCUAUAUAUGUUGCUAUGGAUAAAAUAAUAAAGAGAUCUACUUAUGGAGAUCAUCAAUUUAAUGUUAAGCCAUCUGAUGAUACAUCAACGCCAACCCUUAGACGGACCGAAAGCAGUAAGUUUAAGAUGGAUGUACGUGUUGUUCUCCAGUCUUUAAAUGACAAAGUAAUCCAUGGAACUGUAAGAUGGACUGGACCAAUAAUACUUCAGGGACAGACUAUCACUGCUGUUGGAAUAGAAACAGAUGAAGCGAUUAAUGCUACGAAAGAUUUUCCAGAUCUACAUAUACCAAGUUGUACCAGUGGGCUACAACACUUCACAGUUGCUCCUCCUCAUGGUAAAAUAUAUCUUCCUGAGCAGAUGGUAGUCUAUCCUGAAGAUCACAAAGAAAAAAUUGAAAGAAGCAUCGAGUUAACCAAAAUUGCUAGUAACUAUGACAUUGAUGUAUUCUCUUUAUGUGCCCAGGAUCAUCUUUUGGAAGAAGCAUCUAAAGCCACUAAGAUACCUGACCAGCAGAUGGCAAAAGCAUCAAAACUUGAUGUAAAUGAAGAUAAGAGAAAGGCAGCAGAGUUUGGGAUUUCUCUGAGAGAGUAUCAAGCUCAGCAGAGGCUGUUCAAUGAACAUUCACCAAAAGAGACUGAUAAACCAUUACAAACAAAAACUUUGCCCCCAUAUAUGCGUUCUGUAUCUCGUGACAGACACUUUGACAAGCGGAAAUCUGCUGGCGUUAUACCAUCACAGCAACUAAAUUAUGAAACUACUGAAGAAAACAGGCAGCUUAAAGCAGUUCAAGAAGAGCAACGACGCAGAAUCCAGCAAUUAGAAAAAGAAAAAUCCGACAUAACACAAGCAAAACAAGACUUGGAACAACGUUUUGAUCAGAUGAGAGCAGAGCUAGAUGAGGUUUCAAUGCAAAAAAGUGAACUAGAAACUCAAGUUCGAUAUUACCGGCAGCAAUUAACAGAAGGACCAUCACUACCAGGCAAGGAACCUUGGGAGAUUGAUCGCAGGGACAUUCAAGUGACAAACCAGAAGUUAGGACAUGGAGGGUGGGGAGAAGUUUACGUAGGAAUAUAUUUUAAGCAACAAGUUGCUGUUAAGAAAUUGCACACUAGCAUAGAGGAGCAUUUUACUAGCACAAUUAUAGAAGAAAUAAAGACCAUGUCUAAGUUGUGUCAUCCUAAUCUUCUUCAGUUUAUUGGAGCUGUAUUUGUCAAUGAUGGCCCCGAGUCAGGCUCUAAAAUGCUUAUUACAGAAAUAAUGGAUAUGUCCUUAAGAGCUGCUUAUGAAAGGCGUAUAUUGACUCCGGCAGACAGAGAUAUUAUUCUUAGAAUAAUGCAUGAUGUAGCUGUUGGUUUAAAUUACUUGCAUUCUCUACCAGAUCCUAUCAUCCAUCGUGAUGUCAGCAGUGCUAAUGUUCUCCUUGAAUCAAAGGGCAGUAAUAAAUGGAAAACCAAGAUCUCAGAUUUUGGAUCAGCCAAGCAAUCACGUCAGGCUUAUUCAAGAGGUGCAGGAGCAAUGGUUUAUAGUGCUCCAGAGUCAUUCCCACAAGGUUGGAAAGAGCAGAGAAAGAGACAAACAACAAAAAUGGAUGUUUACAGUUAUGGGAUUUUACUCUGUGAAGUGCUUUUGUGCCAAUUCCCGGAUGAACAGCAAUAUCAUGAUAAUUUAAUUGAUCAAAUCGAUGAUUUUCGUUUACAAUGUCUGAUUGACUCGUGUGUAUCAACAGAGCCAGAGAAACGUCCAUCAAUGAAUAAUAUAUUAAAAGAAUUGGAUCAUUAUCUUUUAUUAUAGAGCUAUAGUGUAUAAGUUUUUUGUCAUUAAUUUUUUAUUUCUUAGUCAGUUGAUUAAUCAGAAGCAAGCAUCACUAAGUACUGGUAGUACCUCAAACAUCAUAAUUAUCAUUUUAACAGGAAAUGAAUAUAAUCUACAUACAAUUUAUCUUUUUUUCAUAAGCAUGUUUUCGUUUGUUAUACUGCUAUAAACUUCA